AUGAAGAUACAUACAAUAGUUUUUCUUCUAUUUUUGCUUCAAGACUUCGUUGCAUUAGUUCACAAUACAGAUGUAUCAUACUCUGUAACCGAGUAUAAUAAUGUUAAUACAUUUUAUUCGUUUCUUUCUCAAGAUGGUGCAGAUCCAUGGGUAUUUAAACAUCCAACAAAUGGUUGGUACUAUGCUACUAAAUCAACUCAAAAUAAUGUUAUGAUUUGGCGUUCACGUUAUCUCAGUACACUUGAUAUUGGUGAGAGUAAAAUUAUUUGGACACCAAACGAUACAACAGCAUGUCGUAGUGUUUGGGCGCCUGAACUUCAUCUUAUUGGCAAUAAAUGGUAUGUUUAUUUUGCUGCAACUACUUGUGAUGAUGACAAUAUUAAUCAUCGAAUGUUUGUUUUGGAAAAUAUAAAUGAAGAUCCAUUUCAAGGUCAAUUUCAAUUUCGUGGUCAAUUAACAGAUGAGACAAAUAAAUGGGCUAUCGAUGGAACAGUAUUAGAGCAUCCAACUACGAAACAAUUGUAUUUCAUAUGGUCAGGAUGGGAAGGAGAUACCGAUGUUAUGCAAAUUCUUUACAUUGCUCACAUGUCUACACCAUAUAUUAUCGACUCGGAACGUUUAGAAAUUAGUAGACCUACGUAUGCCUGGGAAACCAAUCAUAAACCAUUUGUCAAUGAAGGUCCUCAAGUUAUCAUCCAUGAUCAAACGAUUAAUCUUGUCUUUUCUGCUUCAGGCAGUUGGACCAAUGACUAUUGUAUGGGUUUGAUCACUGCUCACGUUAAUAGUGAUCUUAUGAAUUCAUCAUCAUGGAAAAAACGAGCUGAUCCUAUCUUGAAAAGUGGGAAUGGACUUUUUGGACCAGGUCAUGGAAGUUUAACUAGUAAUAAUUGGCUCGUUUUUCAUACAGCAAUGUAUAAUGGAUCGGGAUGGACGAGACAAAUUCGAACUCAACCAUUUCAAUGGAAUGAAGAAGAUGGAACACUAAUGUUAGGUGAAUUGAGAGAUCCUAAUAUACCCAUAUCUCUUCCUCAAGGUGAACCUAUUCGUCAACGUUAUCAAUUAGAUUCACCAAUUCAAAAUCCAAUAUUUGAUGUUGAAGUAGAUAAAAUAGGUUCUUACAUCACAGUAAUACAAGUUCGAUCAAAAGAAUAUGCCAAGACAACAACUUAUCUUAUGACUGUAAACAAAAACGAUAUUAAAACCAUUGAUGUUUUCUAUUCAGAUAAUUGGAGUUCAAUUAUGAUACCUAUUGAAUUAUUGAAGGGAAAGAAUACAUUAGCUUUUACAAAUAAUGGAACAACAAUAGGUGAAAUAAAUUCCAUUGAUUUAUUUCCUCAAAUAUCUUCAACAGCUUCGAUUUAUUCUAAUUCAUUUAUAAACUUCACAAUCUUUUCUUUAUUACGAUUUAUUUAUACUUUUAAAUAA